GAAACAGACUGUCCGUUAGAUAACAGCUUUAGGGUACUUAAAUUGGCAAUAAAUAUAUAAAUCUUGACUUGAAAUAAAUCUUUUGCGCAGUUCAAAUUGAGUGAACAUGUUGGCUUUGGUGGCUUUUGGUUUUGUACUAUUUAAUGGAGUAUAUGGAGAGGCAAACAUUUCCAUUAGUGGAAAUGUGAUGACGAAACCUUCCCCAAGUCCAGGGCUGGAUCCCAAUAAAUGGGUCAAUAUCUCUUUGACAUGUGUGGGUGACAAAGGUCUGAGCUAUUUCAUCACUAACCAUCUUAACUGGAUUUUUGAGUCAAAUGUGGAUGGCAAUGUGACACAACUAACUAAACAAAGUUUUUAUAACACCACAGCAGAUUACAAGUACGAACUUGAAUAUCGUGAAAUAUCGGUAACUGAUGGAUACUUUUUUAAAAUGAACAUUUACAAUGUUGGGUACUCAGAUGAUGGAACAUACUCAUGUGUACUUUACCGGCCAGACAAAUCAAUCAUAGUCAAAAAGGAUGCCAAUGUGACAGUUAUUCAUCCGGUGGACAACGUUAAAAUGUCAUUGAGGAAAAAUGAGAAUGAUAGUAAUCAAAUGGAUCUUACACAACACAUAAAGGAAGGCAAAUACACGAUCCAGUGUAAGGUAACUGGCAGCAAUCCGCCCCCAGUGAUAGACCUAACGCUUGUCAAUGGAAGAUCCAGACAUGUUAACAAAGAACUAAUUAAGACCGUGAAGGACAGAAGAGUUGCAUUCACCACUACAGCCACGAUGUAUGAUACACUACUGCUUAAAGGAAAUCGAACAUUCAUCUGCUCUGCAAAUCUGCCCAAUGAUGUCCUUCAAAAGUACCCUGAAUUUCAUUCUGUCAACACUGCCAUCCAAGUGAACGUUAUCACCACCACACCUAUUAUCACAUGCAACUCACCAUCCUCCAAAGAUGGAGAGUUUGCCGCACAGUGCCAGCUCAAAUCACAUGAUCAACUUUUUUGUGACGACGCCUCAUUGGUAACCAUGCACAACGGCCGGAACAUGACAUAUGAGGGGAACCACACCAGCCCGGGAAUAAACAUUUCCUGUACAGCUGCAAACCAGACAGCCCUGACGGUGAACCUGCAAAUCUCAAAACAGAAGGUCAUGGAGGUGAAGCAGAUUGUUGUUAGGUACAGUAUGACAGCAGAAUAUGAGGUACCGUUCUACGACGCAACAACAACAACAACCAAGAGCACCACCAAGGACCACAGAAGUGCAGCAACUGCAGUUGGCAAACUGGAAACUUAUCUGAGUCAACUUCUGGUGAUUCUCGUGUCAACUACUUGUAUUGCUAUGUGGUAGAUGCUGAUUAUUCUAAUGUCCACCACAAUUAGAAUGUGUUAGAUGCUGGUGAUUUUCGUGUCAACUUCUUGUAUUGCAAUGUGGAAGAUGCUGGUGAUUCAGUACAUGUUUAAAGGAAAAUACUGUAGAAAAUAUUUCCACAACCCAAUUCUUACUUUUAAUCAUUGUAAUUUUAUACUUUUACAAUGAUACAAUAACAAAGUAUACCACAGUUGCCCUUGUGGUGUUGUUUACUGUUCAUUAUAAUUUCCUUGUUGCAGAAAAGUUUACUCAAUGACGGAGAAACAUUUAAGGUUAACUAAUUAUUCAGUCCAUGUACAAAGUUAUGUGUGCACUUGUAAAGGGGGAACUGCUCAUGUCUUACCAGUUACUUACAUAUUUGAUUUUAAGUGUAGAUACUCAUGCAAUGCAAUAUAAGUUUUCUUAACCUUGCUUUGUCAAUAUCUAUGUAAAGCUGUAUGUAAUGUAAGCUAUCAAGUUGGGGCUAUUUUCUCAAAGCUUCCUCUACAUCAUUUAUAUUGGAUGAAUACUGGCCCCUUGUGCAUAAUAAGAAAUGAAUUGUUUAUACAUUGUUUAUUGUAAUGUUUGAAUAUUCGAUAUGUUUGACAAGUUUGUAUGUUACCUACUGUGUAUAUCUUGACAUGUAUCUUAUUAUUCUAAUAAAAAUACUUAAAAGUA